ACGCGCAUGCGCAUUCAUUAUUGAUUGGGAUACAAAUCUGUAAACUGUAGGAAGGCUUCCACCUUGUUCGUCUUUAUUUUACGGGUUUCUUCAAAUAACGUAUCGUGACUCUUAAUGUGUCAAUGGAGGGCUUUGAACAGGAAUUAUCUGCGUGCUCCUAGGAUCCGUGUGUAUAGCACAGAUGCAGAAUGCGGUGGUGCCCAAGCCCUGUUCUUCACCUGGUGCGGUGUAUGCUUAUACGAUCAUGCACCAGGAAAGUAAGGAUCAGACUGCCUCCAUGCUUACGAGAAAGAUGGGCCUAUAUCAAACUUUUGAGUCGGUCCCUUUACUUCAACUCCCUCACUGACUCAGAUGUGAUUUUUGACUGUGCGUUUGAGCCAGUGUUCUGGUCUGUAGAUUAUGUAACACGCUGGUUUGGUCUGGUAUUUGUUUGUCUGGUUGUUAUCCUAACCAGUGCUGUUGUGAUCAUUGCCUAUAUGGUUUUGCUCCCGGUGAUUCUUAAAACUUACUCUACUGGUUGGAUUGUUUGGCAUUUAUGCUAUGGCCACUGGAAUCUCAUAAUGAUAGCUUUUCAUUAUUACAAAGCUGCCAAAACCUCACCCGGACACCCUCCUACAGUCAAAAGUGACAUUCGUUUUGUGUCGAUAUGCAAAAAAUGUAUUAUACCCAAACCAGCAAGAACACACCAUUGCGGUAUUUGUAACCGAUGCAUCUUAAAAAUGGACCAUCACUGUCCCUGGCUGAAUAACUGUGUGGGCCAUUUCAAUCAUAGAUAUUUCUUUUCCUUCUGCCUCUUCAUGACAAUGGGUUGUAUCUAUUGCAGCAUUAGUGGUAGAAACCUGUUUUUAGAUGCCUACAACACUCUUGAGCGCAUUAAGCAUUUGGAUAUGGAAAAACCAGGGGUUCCUGUAACUGGGAUUGGUGCUCUAAUUGGGCUUUUACCUUCUGGGCAGACAAAGUAUCAGACCCCAGCUCCUUCAUACACAUUUAUGGAUAAGGUGUUCAAUAAGUGUAUCAUCUUCUUGUGGGUUCUCACCAGCACUGUAGGAUUAUCCCUGGGUGCGCUAACUUGUUGGCAUGCAGUUCUGAUAUCCAGAGGUGAGACCAGCAUUGAAAAACAUAUCAAUUUUAGAGAGGCGUUGCGGUACGGACAACGUGGACAAAUAUACAAAAAUCCCUUCAAUUAUGGAAGGCUAAAUAACUGGAAAAUCUUCCUCGGUGUGGAGAGGAAAAGUCACUGGGUGACACGUGUUUUGCUACCCUCUGAACAUCGCCCUUAUGGUGAUGGUUUAUCUUGGGACAUAUACGCCUGCAAAAAGGAUGUGAUACCUGUAUGACCAUAUUUGCACAAGUCACCAUUUUCUUUUUGCCUAUUUUAUCUUUCUAUUAAGUAGGCUAACAAAGUGCAACUUGUGCAUUUUGUAUUUAUAUGAGAAAAAGUUCAGAAUACCUCAUCUUUGCUGUCAGAUAUUUUACAAAUAUUGGUCUACAUUUUCAAGUCAAAGAUGGUGGCUUUUUUCAUUCUGCCUUUUCCUGGUUUGCAAAACUGAUCUUACUGGACUCUAACUAUUUUCAUAAAAAAGGUUUGAUUAAGCCUUGCGCACUGACUGACAUAUUUGGCAGAAUAAUCAUCAAUCUUUUUUUUUUUUUAUCUUGCACAGUAAAACAUCACUUUGUUAAUUUUUUAUUAAGAGAAAAAAAGAAAUGGUGGAGGCUGGGGUACUGCUAUACACCUUCACCACUCGCCAAUGAAAUGUUAUGUCCAAAAUCAUUUAUUUUAAGCAACUUAUUGCAUUGUUAUUUAUCAGCUUUUAAUGUGUUAAUUUAAUUUAAUAAAUCUUUAUAUUUGCUUUGUUCAACC